UCAGGACCACAAUUGGCUGUGGACUGUUCAUAUGAGCUGGAGUGGAAGGAGGUGUCCCCGAAUCAAGGUGAUAUGUAUUUACAGAGAGAAAAAUGAAUGCAUCAAAGACAAGGAUUGUAAGGAAGAAAAGAAAUGUUGCUAUUUCAGCUGUGGACUGAAAUGCAUAGACCCCAAAGAAGACCCAUGUGCAGAACCCAAAUUAAUUAGGCCUUGUGCCUACAGUAUGACCCGAUGGUACUACAACAUUAAAGAGAAUGCGUGCUACCCCUACCGGUACAACACAUGCAGUGACAUCCUUAACCGCUUCCAGUCUCAUCACGUUUGCAAGAGAACCUGCUUGGCAUUUGGACACGGAGCACCAGUAAAGCUCUUUGAGCUGGAUGGUGAAGCCUUUACUGUGCUAUUUUAAGCAGAUUCCUCCCUCUGCAAAGCUUCCAGAAUCUCCCUGCUUCCCAGAAUAGCAGCAUCUCAGAGCUAGAGGCCACCUCAGGGGUCAUCUGGCCCCAAGUCUACUUCUCCAGGAUCUCCUCCCCAAUACCCCAUUGCAAGCAUCCUGCAGCCUCCACAGGAAGGCCUCCAGUGAUGGGGAGCUCACUCCCUUCUGAGGGCAGCCAUCCCAUUCUUGGAUGGCCCUCAUUAUUAGGAAGUUUGAUUUUAUACACAAGGUCCCCAAGUAAGUCAGUGCAGAACCUUUAACUCCAGCCCCUCAUCUCCUGAUAUUUCUUAGAUGUGUGACCAUGGGUAAGGGCCUUCCUUCCCCUUUAUUAGCUUGGCUUUGCUCAUCUGGCAAUUGAGGGGUGGGACUUGAGGGUGUUCAAGGUUCCUUCAUGCCUACAUUUGUGAGCCUCUCUCCAGUAUGACUGAAAACCAGCCUGGAAUUGGAGGAGGAAUGGCGCACAAGGUCAAUCAUUUUCCAGGGAAAAAGAGCUGUUCUCUUUUGGGGCCAAGGGAGGCUGAAGACAUGUAAACAAAUGGGCUCAAGGCUAAGAAAUCAUGAGGGGGCCCAAAAACCCAGCCCUGGGGACUCUUUGUUGGUGUGGAUUCAUUUCAGUCAUGCCUGCCUCUGCAUGACCCCAUUUGGGUUUUCUUGUCAGAGACACUGGACUGGUUUCCCAUUUCCUUCCCCUGCUCAUUUGACAGUGAGGAAAGUGACUUCCCCAGGCUCCCACAGGUAGGCAUUGUCUGAGGCUGGAUUUGAACUCAGGUCUUCCUGACUCCAGGUCUGGAGCUCAUUCACUGCUCUAACUAGCUGCCCAGUGUCACUAUGGUGUAUGGUAAAGGACAGAGCAUUAAAAAGCCAGUACAGACCAAUAUCCCCUCUUCUUCCCAAGCUGCAGGGGACAGACUGAGCCUGGUGGAUGGGGGCCAAAGGGAAGGGAAGGGAGCAUGCAGGAGCUUCCAAUAGGGCCAGACAUAGCACCCUAAGAUUGUAGAACUGGGCAUUUUUGCCACUCCCUACUCACCCCCCACGUACUUCAUGUUACCCAAGAGAAAGUAUGGCCCCAACGUGGUUAUGUGAUAUGACCAAGGCCACACAGUAAGGGUCAGAGGAACACACGAACCCAAGUCUUCUCAUUCCCAAGCCAAUGUUCUUUCCCCUCUUCCACA